GACAAAGAAAACAUUUUAAUUUGAUUCUCCAAAAUUACAGGCAUAAUAUUCAAUGAAUAAAUGAAUAAAAACACAAUCAAUUACUGGUUAUCCGAGCAUCCUUCUGUGGUGGGUUUCCAAUGGAGUCUUACAAUGUGGGGGUCAACUUGGUCAUUUCUCAUCACCUCCAUCGCCACCUACGUCCUCUCCUCCGCCACCCUCCACCUCCUCCUCCUCCUCCUCGUCGGCCGCCGCCCCGUCCCCGUCGGCCGCCUCCCGACCCUCCAUAGCCUCGCCAUGUCCCUCGUCUCCUCCGCCAUCUUCCUCGGGACCCUCUCCUCCGCCGCAGCCGAAAUCCGCGACACUCGGUGGACGUGGCAGCGGUCCGGGACCACGUCCCCGUUCGAGUGGCUCCUGUGUUUUCCCGUGGGGACCCGACCCUCGGGUCGGGUCUUUUUCUGGUCGUACGCGUUCUACCUGUCCCGCUUCCUCCACGUGCUCCGCACCUACCUGGUGGUCCUGCGGCGGCGCCGCCUCUCGCCCUUCCACCUCUUCAACCACUCCAUCCUCAUAUGCAUGUCCUUCCUCUGGCUGGAGUUCACCCAGUCGUUCCAAGUGGUGGCGAUCCUCGCCGCCACUCUCGGGUUCGCCGCCGUGAACGGGUGCCGGUUCUUGAGGGACGUGGGGGUGCGCCGGCCGGAGUGGUUUCUGACGGCGGCGAACUGCCACCUGGUGUUCCUACUGUCCAACACGGCGUGCCACGUGGGCGUGCUGACGCUGCAUUUGAGGAAAGGCGGCGGGUGCAGCGGGAUGGGAGCUUGGGUCUUCAACUCCGUGCUCAACAGCUUUGUCCUUUUCGUGUUCCUGAGAUCCCACGUCAGGGCUCGCGUCAUCAGAAGAAAGGCGGCGGCUUUGGCUUCCAUGGAUGGAUAUGAUGAACUACAGAGGUCGAAGCAACAGGAUUCUCCACACUAAUUAAGGCUAUGUAAUUAUGUAAAGAAGGUCAAAGCAUGUUUAAUUGCAUGAUCCGAAUAUGAAUUGAAUGUGUUUCUUCAGAAAUCUUAAAAUCACAAAUACUUUGAUCACAAAAUACACGACCUUGCUAUUUUUGUACCUCACCAGGUGAUUUAAAUAACAGGAAUUUACUUAAAUAAUGUAAAAUAAUUAAAAAGUAAACAUUUAAAUACAUAAAUGGCAAAAUUGUGU